CGGCCAGCCGCCGGAUAUCCGCCGAGUGACCCUUACAAGUCCUUCUUGGUCCUGAAGUGGAGUUGGUACCCUUGUUGGUUCCUGUGUGAAGCCCCGAACCGUAUCCUGACAUGGGACUAGAGGACGAACGAAAAAUGCUUACCGGAUCCGGAGACCCUCAAGGGGAAGAAGAAGAAGAGGAAGAAUUAGUGGACCCCCUGACAACAGUGAGAGAGCAAUGUGAGCAGUUGGAGAAAUGUGUAAAGGCCCGGGAACGGCUAGAGCUCUGUGAUCAGCGUGUAUCUUCCCGAUCACAGACAGAAGAGGAUUGUACAGAAGAGCUCUUUGACUUCCUACAUGCAAGGGACCACUGUGUGGCCCACAAGCUCUUUAACAGCCUGAAGUAGAUGUGAAGAUUCAUUGUCCUCAAGCCUUCAUCACCUGAGCAUCAGGAUGUUUCUUGUGGUUUUGAACAUGUCAUUUGUUUCUGAUGUAUAUAAGUUCUUGGGAACCUCAUGGAUUUUGGCAAGUAGCUUCUAUGUAAUUAGCAGUGAUUCCAUCUUAAUAAAGUCCUGUGAUCUGCA